GGUUGAAUUGAUUGAACCAAACCUGGUGACCAAAAUAGGUCAAUCAUCGAGUCAAGUCUUAAAACAUUGGCUAUAACAAUGCCAUGCUUGGAUUUGCUCCCUACAGACCUUAUUGAUGUCAGGUGCACAAGAUUGCAACUGUUGAGCUCCUAUCAAGCCAUCACCAAAAGAAACUCAAACAUGUGCAAGAAUCUGAGAUAUCCAGAUCUCUACAUGAUUUAUAUUAGCUAUGUAAGUGUUCCCCAAUGGAGAAGUUUAGAACCUUUAGCAUAAAGAUGGGGUUUAUCCUGAGAAGGUGAAUCCUGGUCGUCAAGGAGUUGGGCAGAAUUUCAGAUCAAUUGGAAAGAAUGUUAGUCCCAUUGAAGUUAAGUUCACUAGGAAACAAGUUUAUGAUCUUUGAGAUGUCAUGUAAUAAAGAGUGUUCCGAUGU